ACAAGCGCGUGCUUCUGCCCACUGUCCCACAGACCCAAGCUGGCAUCGCAGAGGGCAGCCCCUCUCCCUCUCUCUCUCUCUCUCUCUCUGCUCCUUACUGUUCAGUCUUCAGUGCAGCUCGAAUCACACUGUACCUCUGCGGAUCACAUCACACCUCCAUCACCUUCAGCAUCAGAAGCACCUUAACCUAACAAGAGGAGGAGCCAGAUUCAGGUCCAUUUGUCCCACAUUUCAGGAUUGAGGACUCUCGCUAAUGUUGAAAAGCUUCUUCAGUCUCAGUUGAAGGUUUCCCAAAGCAGUUUUUUUUUCGUGGACCCAAAAAAAUUCAAAACAGAAAGUCAGCAUGGCGACGACGGGCAUGCAGCUCCUGGGAUUGAUCAUGUCCAUCAUCGGCUGGGUGUGCGGCUUCCUGGUGUGCGUGCUGCCCAUGUGGCGCGUCACAGCCUUCAUUGGCAACAACAUUGUGACGGCGCAGAUUACGUGGGAGGGCCUGUGGAUGAAUUGCAUCGUGCAGAGUACUGGUGAGAUCCAGUGCAAAGUGUAUGACAGUAUGCUGGCACUACCCAGUGACAUGCAGGCAGCGCGUGGCCUCACCAUGCUGUCCAUCCUGCUCUGCACCCUGGCACUGGCCCUCGGCAUACUGGGCAUCAAGUGCACCAAGUGUGUGGGUCAGCCGAGCUUGGAGGCACGGUUGGCUCGCAUCGCUGGUAUACUCUUCGCCGUUGCCGGGUUCCUCUACCUCGUACCUGUGUGCUGGACGGCCCACUCUAUCAUCAAGGAUUUCUACAACCCAUACGUUGCGGCGCCGCACAAGCGUGAACUCGGUCCUGCGCUCUACCUGGGUUGGGGAGGCUCGGGCCUGCUGCUCAUUGGCGGAUCUCUGCUCUAUGCUGGCUCCAGCCCACCUGGCAUCCCCUCAUCGCCUACCUUCAGCAGCGGAGAAAGCAGCCCGCGCCGGGCUGGGGGAAACACACAGGUCAAAGGUUACGUUUAACGAACGACACCGACUGCACUCGAGCCCAUACCAUUCCCCUCUGCUAGUUUUCCCUAUCAUCAUACAUUCCAGUUAAUGUUAAUGUAUUUUUUAUUAUUCACAGUUUAGUGUUAAGGUCUGACUCUAGGCAAUGAAAGGUGUGAAGAAAGCAAAGUGUAAUUUAGUUUUUCAUCCUCUUGUGUCGUUGUAUAACCCUGUCUCUCUCUCUUUC